CAACUUGAGCCCAACGCUCGCUUCCUCCAGUCGCUCCCUUACCCCCAACACCUCCGGUUCUAGAAGUCUCUCACCGGUCCGAGCGGCGUAGAUAAGCAGAGAUAAAACUUUCUCAACCUUGACUUGGGGCUCGCUUUUUUCCGACGACUAAGGAGCAAGAAUGCCAAAGGUGAAAACAAACCGUGUCCAAUACCCAGAGGGCUGGGAGUUGAUUGAGCCUACUCUUCGUGAACUACAGGCAAAGAUGAGAGAAGGUUGUCAUCUUGAACUCAUUCUCAGAAUUAGAGAUAAAUAUGGUAAUGCACUGUAUCAAAACAUUACAGUAACCUCAUGGUCUGGUUUUGAAUUGCAGCCGGGUUAUGAAAGACUCUGCUGCUUGAGAUGCAUGCAGCCUCGGGAUCACAACUUUGCCACGACGUGUGUGUGCCGAGUGCCCAAGCAUCUGAGGGAGGAGAAGGUUAUAGAAUGUGUCCACUGUGGUUGUAGAGGAUGUGCAAGUGGGGAUUAGCUGCUCUUGUCUUUGGCAUGCUAAUGAUGGAUGUUAAAUCACUUUGUUACGGAUUCUUUAGGUUAUUGAGCUAUCUAUGUAAACUUCUGUUCCUGCUGCCCGAAGAAGGCAUUUGCAACUAGUGCUGCUACUUGCGAUGUAACUGGAGUGUUGUGGGGAAGAAAUGAGUAUCGAUUAGGCCAAUGUAAUGUUUCUGGGGGAAAAAAAAAAAAGGCAAAUGUCAUGCAUAGCCUGAAAAUGUAAUCCAGACUUCUAACUUCCUUUAUCCAUGUACCUAUGUUUUGUUCCAUUGAAUUGUUUUCAAGUUGGUCAAUUGAUGAGGAAUGUGGUAAAGGCUGUUGUGAAA